CAGAAAAUACCAGUCAACCCAAGUACACACAACCAUCGUCCACUUUCUCGUCACCUGAACGAGAAUCACAGUUCCCUCUUGCGGAGCACGUGCCCUCGCUGGACACCGAUUUCACGGAUUUCCCGUGAUAUCUCCGGUCACCUCUCACACCGCCGAUUCUUAUGUCCACGUUUCUAAUAUGCCCCUCCCUGUCCGACCAAUCUUUCUCUCUCAUUAGGUUUCUCUAAAACCCUCUGUCCCCGUUAUUUACUACUACUCUCUCUCUCUCUCUUCCUCUGCAACAAUUUCACUCAAGAGAGGGAGAGUUGACAAUGGGAGCUCUGGCUCCAGUGUCUUCGUGGUCGCCGGAGGACGAUCUUUUGUUGAAAAACGCUGUGGAGGCUGGUGCCUCCUUAGAAUCUCUUGCUAAAGGUGCAGUGCAGUUUUCACGAAAAUUCACUAUUAGGGAGCUGCAAGAACGAUGGCAUGCACUCCUUUAUGAUCCUGUGGUUUCUGCAUCGGCUUCUUUUCGCAUGAUUGAGUUAGAGCGAUCGGCUUCAGUGCUUCCAUCAAAAUUCAACAAGGCAGGGAAUUCAAAAGUAAACAAAAGUAGUUCUGGGAAGAGAAAAGCUGAAAGUCUUCGUAGUUCUUACUAUGCUCUGCGGAGAAGAAUCCAGAACGAGUCAUUUGGCUCCAUGGAUCUUGGUUUUCUUGGUCCUCACAAUAGUAGCAACUACAUUGAUGGUGCAGCUGACCCUUUAUCUGGAAGUUGCAUACUGGGAGAUCCUAUUUCAAAUCAAUCUGGGCUCCAGGAAUCAAAAUUAGAUAUCGUGCAUCAUGCUUUUCCACAAAUUUUGGUGGAUGGUGACGUUACUGCUGGGGAUGGUGGUUCAACCCAUGUUUUUAAUACGGGUGUUCAAAUUCCUGUUGAAGGAGAUUUUCCAAUGGAGCAAGAUACUAUACAGCAAGAACUGCCAGCACACAAUCUGUAUGGUGCUGAUAAUUCUAGUAUGAAACCUCUCUCAGAAUAUGACCAAAUAAAUGGUGAUCCAGGAACUUUGUGCACUGCAUUUGAAAGAAAACAGGUCUUUAAUUCUCCCAUUCCCGAGUGUGAUGCAGCUUUCCAGAACUUGGACUACUCGUCUCCGCUUCCUGAGAUGCCAAUCUGGAGAACAGUUGAAGGCAUUUCUGCGGCAGCCAUCGCGGUAGAUGUUGAUCUAAGGGAGAAAGAUAUGCACGCUGGGGAAACAUUUUCACUUGCCAAUCAUGGUGAUACUGAGAACGCAACAACAUCAGGGUAUACUGAUGUACGAAUGAACUCCAAGUUGAAGCAGCAGAUGUUGUGUGAUGAAUCUAAAAGUCCUAGUGCUAGCACAGAACUUUAUUUGGUAGAACUCUCCAACUCCCUUCUGGACUUUUCUAAUGAGAAUGAACUUCUUUUCAUGGAUAUUGUUGGAAAGGAUAGGAUUGAUAAAUCUUACUACGAUGGUGUGAGCUCCCUUUUGUUGAGUUCACCAGCAAAUGUUGAUGAAGAUGGCAUGCCAGAUGGAACUGAACCUGGGGCAUUAGUAACUCCAGACUGUGUUCCAAAUCAACCUGGUGCAUGUCCUGGGGAACUGAAUGACAACCAAGAGUUGCGGUGUGGUAAUAAUAUUGUUUGCAACUCAAAGGUCCAAUUUCUAUCCUCUGUGUCAGUUUCAAAUACGCAGUUUACUGCUACGAUUGAUGGAGUAAUUUGCUGUAUGUUAAACACUGAAGACCCAGAAAUUCCAUGCAAUGAUGAUGUUACAUUUCCCAACCGAUUGCGUUCAACGUCAGUUUCCUCUGUGGCAAGAAGAAAUCUUCAAGCUGAUAAUAAAAAGUUUGCAUCAGCAAAGGUUGUGCCAAGCAAUCAAAAAACUAGUGAAGGAGGUUCAGCUUUGAUGCAGAGAGAUCUCAAAAAUCCCAGUCCAUCUCAUACAUGUUCUCAUAUUAGUGAAGCACAACUUAUGCCAGGGGCGUUCCACCAUCCAGUUGGUGAUCGUGGGGUUAAAUUCGAGGUGCCCAAUAAGGACUCCACCCAUGUUACAACCAGUUUUGUGGCCAAUGCUUGUGGUAGUUCAGCUCAGAUUCCUUCAGCCAAUUUUAGUGCAGACACUUGCCUCCCUGCUGCUCUUAAGGAUGAGGUCACUGAAUUUGCUGUGCUUCAGCAUCUUGAUAAAAGAUCAAUUGAUUCUUUUAUUGAGAUGCCGGCUAUUGGAUCAGAUAGCCUUACAAGAUAUCCCCAGAGUCAUGCCAGUGACAUUAAACAAGAGCUAGAUGAAACAGUUUACCAAGUAUCAGAUGCGAAUAUGGGGUCUUUAUAUGUGGCUGCCUCAGAACACUGUGCAGAACCUCCACCAUCAGAUCUAGAGGAUCUACCUAUUGAAAGUGAUGAAGAUGUACCCUGUUUUUCGGAUGUUGAGGCAAUGAUACUUGAUAUGGACUUGGAACCAGAAGACCAAGAUUUGUACUCUAACGAGGAAGUGUCAAGAUAUCAACACGAGGAUGCUAAGAGGGUGAUAAUAAGACUGGAACAGGGUGUUGGUUCUUAUAUGCAAAGAGCCAUUGCAUCACAUGGAGCACUUGCUAUUUUAUAUGGCCGACGUUCCAAGUAUUAUAUUAAGAAACCUGAGGUUGUACUUGGUAGAGCAACGGAAGACCUAACUGUUGACAUUGACCUGGGAAGAGAAGGGCGUGCCAAUACAAUAUCGAGACGGCAGGCAAGUAUAAGCUUGGGUAAAGAUGGAUCUUUCAGUCUGAAAAAUCAUGGCAAGUGUUCUAUUUUCGUGAAUGGCAAGGAAGUAGUUGCUGGACAGAGUUUAGGCCUUAGCCACAGCUGUUUAAUUGAGAUAAGGGGAAUGCCAUUCAUAUUUGAGUUGAACCAAAGUUGUGUGGAGAGGUAUCUGGAUGGCAUCACCAAGACGAAUCAAGCCCAGGAACACCAAGUUUGAUGGCUGCAUAUGUGCCAUAACGAUUUUACAUAAGCAGAAGACAACAUAUCGAAUGAUGUUGAAAGACAGGAGCAACUUCUGUCCUUUUACAUUCUGUACUUAUGAAUGCAAAAGUGUUCCUGAAGAGCAGUGUGGAACUGAGUUCCAUAGUGACCAGAUCAUGCCGGAGCUCAUGGGACUUUCUCAGUCAACCCGUGUGACCAUAUAUUCACCUCCAUGGUCACCUGUGGGUUCAGGUGCGACCGAAUCAUCCAUGGAUCAUCUUGAAUCAUGGAGAUAACCCUCAGACCUGAAAGGUGACUUGGAUUCACUCACUUCCACCAACUGGAACCUUCCUUACCUUCAAAUUCUCGACGUCUCAGUCAACUCAUUUUCAGGCUUGAUCCCUGACUCACUUUCUAACCUCAAAAUGAGCUAUCUGGUCAGUUUCCUGAUCUUGGUUCGGUCAAGACUUCUACUAUCUUGGUGCUAGUUUUAACCAGAUCUCUGUUCAACUUCCAUCAGCACUGCUUGAAUCACUUGUUGAGCUCUCCAUGAGGAAAAACUACUUUUUUGGGUGGGGUGGGUUUCAACAUGAGAUUCUUACAGGUAUUGGUUCUUGGUCACAACCAGUUAUGUGAUCCUGUUCCUUCGGUUCUCUUUGGUCACCCAUCCCUUGAACAACGCGCUCUCUCACACAACUAAUACAUGUACAUUCCGAGCACCAGGUAGCAUGGGUUUCACUAGCAUCUUAGUAGCUCUUGAUAUGAGCGUCAACGAGCUAUGAGGUUUACUUCUUGGCUUCAAUGCCAAGGUUGUCCGCAUCGUCUUUGGAGCGCAAUGGAUUUACAGGGAUGAUACCGGCUCAAUAUGCUUCGUAAGUUGCUGCUCCUAGGGUCAAAAACCUCGCCGUUUAAGAGGCUGUUACUACUACUUGCCAAUUCCUGGUCCUUUGACAGGUCUGAAACCGAGUUCUGAGCUUGGUUGAUAAAUGAUAAUUGUUUGUACGAGUGACCGGAUACGUUUUCGUUAAUGGUUUGUAAGAGACGAGUAUAACAAAUUUGCAGAUUCGCAUCAGAUUUUGUAAUUUGUUUGUGUUUGUUGCCGUUGUUUCUGCUAAUUUGCUUUUACGAUGUAAAAUAAAAUGUUUAGAUCAGCAUUUUCACCCUUCUGUAA